UGGUGUUGAAUCAUCGAAGACGACAAAUAAGAAUUCGUACACAGUGCGUACUUGCAGACAAAUGCUCUUCAAAAACUGAGGGGAAAAUACUAAAGAAUUCUAAAAUUGAAAUGCGAUAUCAAAGUCACACACUUCCGAAGGAGUGUCUGCUAAGUGGAGUAGUUUAGUCUCCAACUAGUUCUAAAACAAAAGGCGUUGCUUUAUUGUACAGUACAAAAUGGAUGGAUAUCUUAAAGUUCGCAUGUGCAAAAAGAUCUUUAAGAAUACUUGGAAAGAUUGCCGGGUGACGCUCGAUUUCAAUGCCAUUGAGAUUCGAGACAAGGACAAUGAGUCAAUUGGAAGCUUUGAGCUCUCUGAAGUCGCAAGUAUCAUGUUGGAUGGCAAGAAACAUCUGGUGAUAAAGACCAAGCAACAUCAAAAACUUGAAUUCAAAGACGAUGAUCCCAAGGUGUUGAAUGGCUGGAAGGACCAAAUUAUGACUUUCAAGAAAGAUUCCAUGCACUUGGAACUGACUGAGCUUCAAAUGAAUUCGGAGGUCCGUCCGUGUCGCUCGACGUCCAUUAAGUCUUCCAAAAGCGUGGUCGUUGCGCGACGAAUCUCACGGGAAGAUUAUGCGACCUUGUCCAAUGGUUCCGAUGUAUUGAUGGUGCCCUACUUAUCCAAGAGGAAAUCUGUAUCAAUGUCUACCUUGCCUAGGUUUGAAGUCUGGAACGAGGAAAGAUCGAAUAGGUUUUCGAUCUCAAGUACAGACUCCAAGUUCUCCACCGGAAUCAGAUCCCGGACGUGCUCCAAGGCAUCCCGGUCUUCAAGAAUGAAACGCCCAAUCAUCCCUAUCCAAUCGCAGAACCUGAUGACACUUCAUGGUCGGUGCAGCCACAGUUCGGAAAAUAUCAAUGUGGUUCCCAUGGAAGUAUCCACUUUUGACAAACUGUCGGUCCAGAGUGCUCAAUUUGUCAGAGCAUCGCGGGAGAGCGAUCUCGUCGUAACGCCUGAAGCAUCACACUCUGCCGAGCUCACGUUUCAUUCAAAUGCUUUGGACUUUGACGAUACAAUCGAUGUCGGAGCCAAUAAUAGUAGUUUACCGCCCAAAGCCCAAAAGUCACAACGCUCGAUGAAGCCCCCUUCAGCUCAAGGGAGGCCUUCCAAAAAACCUAUUGGCGAAUCUUUCAUGCGAAAGACCUCCGGUUCCAUUUCAAGUGCCUUAAAACGCAUUUCUCUCUCAAGAGCUCAGUCCGUCAAUGAAACCAGAGCCGGUCUGAGAGAGUCGAGGAAACAAAUGAUCUCGAGUCCCGUGGAUCCUCGAAAAAUCCGAGAAGAUCCCAGGAUAAGUCACGUCUUCUCUGAAACCGCGGCCGUAAAGGUACUGCCCUCGCCAGUGCAAAUAAAAGCCAAAGAUACGAAUGACAACCGUCAGAGCACCUUCAGCUUUGACGAUGCCAUCCUUACUGAUCAACUUUCAGCAGGGCCCAAAUUAAAGAGGAAAGGCAGUGCCCGUAUCGUGGAGCGUGUCAAGUCCCUGCCUAGAAAUAUUUUAAAGCUUGCGAGUGGAAAAUCCUUUGACGACAAGCAGCCUUUGAAGGAUGACAAACCCACGAUUAAGGACGAGCCACAAAGUAGGCCGAAGUUGGUCAAACAGGAUUCCUUGGUGAGCCCAGAUAACGAGGAACUUCAAACAAAGUUAAGGAAAUGGAAGCAAUCAGCUGACACGUCAAGUCCCGUUAAUCCUGUAGAUGGACUCCAUUGGAGAGAGAAACCUCCUUUGCCUGAGAAGUCGUUAAAUUUCAAACAAAGGCAAUUGAAAAAUUUGAUUGAUGGCAAGAUUCAGCCUCCUCCUAACAAAAGAUGGCCAAAAUAUGCCAUUUUGGAUUUACAUGACAAGGCCUGUUUUGAACUGAAAGCAAUACAACGGCAUCAGGAUCGCGAGGAGCUCAACAAAUUGUAUGACUGUCCCAGAAGGAUUUCUUCCAUUGAUUUGUCAGAUGUUUGAACAACAACGAUCUCGAAUGAAAAGGCCAGAUUUAAGCAAGGAUAUGCCAUGGAGUGAAAAUAAAUUUCACGUUUAUUCUUUUCUGAA